CUUGCAGAGUUGCCUUCGCCGCGCCAAUUAGAUGUGGCUGGCUAACUGCAGGAGAUGAAUGGCCGGGAGAGAGAACGCGAUGUUCCCCCCGCAGGAGAAUGCAAAGAUCUGGAGUCCUGUAAGAAAUGCAUUGAAGGAGAAACAUCCCUGAACAUCACCGAUUGCGUCUGGAUGCUCUGCAGAGAAUCCAAGGAGAAGCAAGGUUCUGGGAGCUGUGUGGGGAAGGGAGAACCAGCCCAGGAGAAGUGUUCCUUUUACAACAUCACUACCAUGUGUGAAGCACCAGAAAAGACCACCAAGGAGCCACCACGCCCAACAACUAAAGAGCCCCCGGAGCCGCCCUCAAAGGAGCCAGAGAUCCGCACCCCUGGUACGACAGCCAGCCCACCGCUAACUGGUUCCCCCGAGUUUCGCCCUGCGGGCUUUGACUCUGCCAGCUUCAUUGGCGGGAUUGUCCUGGUGCUCAGCAUCCAAGCCGUCAUCUUCUUCGUCAUCAAGUUCCUCCGAUCAAAGGACAGCACCUAUCAGACGCUGAUCUGACGGCCGAUCUCCAGGGAGCUGUCAUGAAGUGUUUCUCUUGCCUGGGAGGAGUAGCUGAAGAAGAGGCCACUUUCCUGGCUGUAUUUGGAGCUAGAAUCCUCUCAUCAUUUCCUUCAGAUGGAGCUCCUCGAAGCAGAAGAUCUGCUCCAGAUUUAGGCAACCUGUUGCCACAAUGAGUGCACCUUGGUACAGAUGCCGGGACCCUUUAGACUUGUUGCAGAAACGUUUCAAAAUACACAGAAGAUCUCUCUCACUAGCCGAUUCAACGCAGCAGGGGUUAUCUGUUUCAUGCGUGGCUAGAUGUCAACCUGCGUGGUUAAGAAUUUAACCUUAACCGCUUAGAAAUUCUUCAGGAUGAUUUUGGUUUAAUUUAAUUAUCUUUACUCUGAAGCUUUGAAAACACACAAUUUCCCUGUACCUAAUCCUGAAUUCCCUCAUGCCUCCUACAUUUAGCUUGUUUUUAAAAUGCAAAAGCCUUCCCUGGUACAAAAUUUAACCGUUUGCAGGUGUUUGCUGCAAGUCCUCAUGGUUUUCUGAGUUUUUAAUUUAUUGCUGCUUGUGUUCCAUGACUAGUUCUGUGUGGUUUUUUUAAAAGGAAAUAGAACCCGACACCAAACGUUGAAUUUCCAAUGCAACUGGAGCUACUUCAGUUUAUGAGUAGGGAUGUAAAGGAAUAGUGUUUAACCAGGUCACUUUAAAAAUAAUUGGUCUUUCAUGAAAAAAAAGUCCAGAAACUCUAGGUAAUGCUGCCACAGGAACUGAUGAGGAGACUGUUUCACAUUCCCUGAGGGGGUGAAUGCUGGAACUUGUUUGGGGUGGAAUGGGAUGCUGGCUGGCUAUGCUACACCUCACCCACCCCCCAUGUUGGCCUUCUCUGGAGCUGCCUGCCUGGUGAAAAUGGAUCUUGCCAGGACUCCGGACUCUGAGCUGCCCCUCUUGUGGAGAAGAUGAUUGCUCUGCUUUGGAACAGAGAUGGAUACAGAAGAACCUCUCUAAUAAAAAGAGAUAUUGGUGGUCUUUUGCUUUA